AUGUCAUUUGGUCCAAAAGCUGCUCAGAGAUUGGCCAAUAAGGUCGUCCUCAUCACCGGCGCCUCGUCAGGUAUUGGUGAGGCCACCGCCAGAGAAUUCGCUUCUGCUGCCAAUGGUAACAUCAGCUUGAUCUUGGCCGCCAGAAGAGAAGAUAAGCUCACCACCCUCAAAGCUGAUUUGAUCCAACAGUACCCUGAAAUCAAGGUUCUUUCCCGCGUGUUGGACGUUUCAAAAACCUCGUCAAUCCUCAGCUUUGUCAAGGGCCUUCCCGAAGACUUUGCCGACGUUUCCGUUUUGGUGAACAAUGCUGGCAAAGCGUUGGGCCGCAGUGAAGUUGGACAACUCAAGGCCGAAGACGUGUCGGAGAUGCUCGACACAAACGUCUUGGGUCUCAUCACCUUGACCAACGCUCUUUUGCCCCAUUUUCGGGCCAAAAAUAGAGGUGAUAUUGUCAAUGUAGGCUCGAUCGCGGGAAGAGAAGCGUACCCCGGAGGAAGCAUUUAUUGUGCGUCAAAGGCAGCUAUCAGGGCCUUCACCGGUGCCUUAAGAAAGGAAACCAUCAAUAGCAGAAUCAGGGUGUUGGAAGUGGACCCAGGGGCGGUUUUGACGGAGUUUUCAGUGGUGAGAAAUUACGGCGAUAAAGCUGCUGCCGAUAAGGUGUACGAAGACACAGAGCCGUUGGGACCCGAGGACAUUGCCGAGGCGAUUGUGUUUGGGGUGACGAGAAACUUGAAGGUGGUGAUAGCCGAAACCCUUAUUUUUCCCACCCACCAGGCCGGAGCUGGUGUUUUGCACCGGGGUUCGUUGGGGCAAUAG